UAAAAUUGAUUUGGUUUAAUUAUGUAUGAUGCAGUUGUUUUUUGUAGGAUGUAUUUUGCUUUUUUGAUAACUGGUUUAUUAACAGUAAGAAUUAUUCCAUCAACGAGACGAUGGCUAUGUUAUGGGAAAACAUUGGAUGCUAUAAAUUAUAAAGGGAAAUCUAGAUGGUCAAUAUUUUAUCUAAUGGUUCCUAAGAAAUGGUUUAUACAUUUUUAUAUAAUUUCUAUUUUGUCUACAUGUUUUUGGACGGUGGAAUUAUAUUUUUGUCGUUUUUAUAAUAAAUGUGAUUGGAUUGUUUAUUUAUCUGACGAUAAGACACAAUCGUUGUGUGAAGUGUAUAUAUGUUUGUUAUUUAUAGGUCUUCAUGGAAUUAGACGUUUUUAUGAAUGUUUUGUCAUUCAAAAGUAUAGUGAUUCUCAAAUGUGGAUAGGACAUUAUCUUUUAGGGCUAACGUACUAUUUAUUUUGUAAUAUAAGCAUGUGGUGUGAGGGUGGUGGCAAUCUACAAAAUCUAGUUUUUGAUUUUCGACAUAUUUCUUCAAUUCGUAUUUUUUUUUCUAUUUUGUUUUACUCUUUUUUUUCUUGGAUGCAACAUUCUAGUCAUAUUACUCUUUCGAAACUUCGUAUACUUCCUAAUUCUCCUAAAUAUUCCCUUCCUACUUCUGGAUGCUUUAAAUACUUGAUAUGUCCUCAUUAUACUGCGGAAAUAGGUAUUUAUUUUAGUCUUGUUGUACUAACUCGUGCUCAAAAUAAAACAAUACUUCUCAUUUUUAUAUGGGUUAUUCUUGUUUUAACCAUAUCUGCUUCUCAAACAUAUGCCUGGCGCUUAAAAACGUUUGGAAUGAAUGCUUCUCACUCUCCUUGGAUAAUUUUUCCUGGAAUUUAUUGA